UGUGUCCACCUCGUCUUGUCUGAUCCCACAGCGAAGAAAAAGAAAGAAGUGGCAGCCAGCUCCCUGAGAAGAGCUCGCCGCAGUACCGUCUCUUCUCUUCUCCCUCGGCGACGGCGACGGCGGCGGCGAUGGAGACGGAGGAGGCCGGCUCCCCCAGCCCCGACGACGCGGUGCUCUUCUUCGGGGUGGCCCUCGUGCUGGGCAUCGCCUCCCGCCACCUCCUCCGCGGCACCCGCGUCCCCUACACCGUCGCCCUCCUCGUCCUCGGCGUCGCCCUCGGCGGCCUAGAGUACGGGACCAAGCAUGGCCUGGGCAAGCUCGGAGCCGGCAUCCGUAUCUGGUCUGCCAUAAAUCCUGAUCUCCUUCUGGCCGUCUUCCUCCCCGCCCUCCUCUUCGAGAGCUCCUUCUCCAUGGAAGUGCACCAGAUCAAGAAAUGCAUGGCGCAGAUGGUGUUGCUUGCUGUCCCAGGCGUGGUGAUCUCAACAGUUUUGCUUGGCGCCGCUGUAAAGCUCACUUUUCCCUAUGACUGGAACUGGAAAACAUCAUUCUUGUUCAGUGGACUGCUUAGUGCAACCGACCCUGUUGCUGUGGUUGCUCUUCUCAAAGACCUAGGAGCAAGCAAAAAGCUCAGUACAAUAAUUGAAGGAGAGUCCUUGAUGAAUGACGGGACUGCUAUUGUUGUCUAUCAGCUAUUCUAUCGAAUGGUGCUUGGAAAAACUUUCGAUGCAGGGUCCAUCAUAAAGUUCUUGUCACAAGUUUCACUUGGAGCUGUUGCUCUGGGCCUUGCGUUUGGAAUUGCAUCAGUACUAUGGCUGGGAUUUAUUUUCAAUGAUACAAUCAUAGAGAUUUCACUUACCCUUGCUGUCAGCUAUAUUGCUUUCUUCACUGCGCAAGAUGCAUUGGAGGUCUCUGGUGUUUUAGCCGUCAUGACCUUGGGGAUGUUCUAUGCUGCUUUUGCAAAAACUGCUUUUAAGGGUGACAGCCAGCAAAGUUUACAUCAUUUCUGGGAAAUGGUUGCUUACAUUGCAAACACACUCAUUUUCAUACUGAGUGGGGUUGUUAUUGCAGAUGGUGUACUACAAGAUAAUAUUCAUUUUGAGAGGCAUGGCACAUCAUGGGGGUUCCUUGUUCUGCUCUAUGUUUUUGUGCAAAUAUCGCGUGCUGUAGUUGUCGGUGUUUUGUAUCCACUGUUGCGUCACUUUGGGUAUGGUAUGGACAUCAAAGAAGCCACAGUUCUUGUUUGGUCAGGACUGCGAGGAGCUGUUGCUCUAUCACUCUCUCUGUCCGUUAAACGUGCUAGUGAUUCAGUUCAAACUUAUCUGAAACCAGAAGUUGGAACAAUGUUUGUGUUCUUCACAGGUGGCAUUGUGUUUCUGACAUUGAUUUUGAAUGGUUCUACCACACAAUUUUUGUUGCACCUACUUGGUCUGGGAAAAUUGUCAGCAACGAAGAAUGCUGGAUCUUGGCCCCUUCACCUGACUUACUAUGGGCCUCCAUCUGAAGACCUUCAUGUCGAUUGGCGCAAUAAAGACGGGGUUGUGGACAUGGAGCAUUACAGCACAGAGCUGUUUGCAGCGAUGGACAAACAUAGUUUUUGGUCGAUGCACACUUGUACACGCCCACAGUUUGGACCAAACGUCAGCGCUGAGUAUGUGAUUGAUCCUUUGUUGAAGGAUACGUUCCUUGCCAAUCCCCGUUUUAGCUACCUGCUUCCCUUGAUCGGCCACAAAGUAGCUUCUGCAGCUGAGGCUCCCAAUUCAACCACGCAGUUUGGCACAACUACUGGAUACUGGCAGCGUGAUGGUUCUAUAGAAGUCCCUGUCCGCGAAGUUGCUGCUUUGAAGAUUUCUGACAACUAGCCACUAAUGUGCCCAACCAAGUUGCUCCCAGAAGACGAAAAUCAAGAUUUUCAUGGAGGACCCUGAGUUUCAUAUUGAGAUUACGAACCCGUUAGCAGUAACUAUAUGUAUUAGCUACAUCUACCCUAUGUGUGGGCCGCAUCUUCAAGAUCAAUGCGUGCAGGAUAUAUUAAUUUUAACUUGGUGUCUGCGCUGCGCCGCAUCUAUCUAUCCAUCUAUCUAUAUAGUGCAAGAUAUUUAUAAGCUUGGUUCAGGUUGUGUCUGAGAAAGAGUGGCAAUCUGUCACAGAUGAUGCCAUUCGUCUUAUGUAUGCAUAUGAACUGGAAAACUUUAUCUGCGGUGGUGACUAUUUCACAAUGCUUCUUCGAUCA